UGUAAAACAAGUCUUCAUUGAAAGCACUCAAUAAUGUCAUUUGGAAUUUAAGCUGCUUUCAAGAAUUUUUGAUCGUCGACUAUUUUCGUAGAUUCUUUAUCCAUAUCAUAUUUAAACUUCAAGUUCUUGUUAGUGUUAUACAAUGGAAAGACCUCUUGGAAAAACUGUGCUGCCGCUUAGCAGAGUAAAAAAAAUAAUAAAGCAAGACGAGGAUAUCCAUUCUUGUUCAAACGCUUCAGCUCUUUUGGUAUCUGUUGCAACUGAGAUGUUCAUUCAGAAACUUGCAGAUCAAUCUUUUCAAUUAGCUAAGUUACAAAAAAGAAAGGGUAUUCAGUACCGAGACGUCGCUGAUGUUGUUCGCAAGGACGAUCAGUUUGAGUUUCUGUCGGAUUUAUUCUCUCUUUAGCUAGCUAUGAAAUAUAUAACAUGGUAAACUAUGGAAUGAACAACUUUUAGCAACUAUAAUAGCCGGCAAACAUAGCUCUUAUAUAAGGACGAAUUUAUCUUACUUGAUGAUUGCAAUAUGUUUAAUGGUGAUUAGAAGCAUUCAUUUGGGGUUAUCCUUUGCUUCAAAGUUCUAAAACUAAUAUAUUUAACCAACAAGAAAUAUGAUGCUGCUUGUUCCUUAUCUUGUGCAAGGAUUAUAGAAGGUAGCUAUACAGGCUUUAAACUGUUUGUCAACUAAAUCAUCUUGAUAUCGAAAUUACAGUUGACAACAAUUUAUUCUUAUUUCAAGAACAUUCGGAGGGGGUUUACAACGUGCGCGACUACUUAUAUUAAAAAUCAACCCAGGAUGUUAUUCUCUACUGCCAGUGAUACGACUAUAAUGUCAAAUAAAAAAAACCAAACCAUUUAUUGCAUUAUACUAGUCCCAUCUCGAUAAACUUUACAAAAAUCAAACCCUCAUACGACAGUGAUAUCCCAACACCUUUCCUAAAAUCUGAAAACUUUUCUCUUAUAUAAUUAAACCACUGAUAAAUUUAAGUGAUCUCUUUCAUAGUGUUCUAGAUGGAUAGAGCAAAGAAGACAAGCCGGAGCAGUUGCCUUCUUCGUGCGCGAGGUUACCUGUCAUAAUUCUGAUCAAAUGAAAUUUCGCGAUAGUUCGAAGCUUCACUGCUACUUAUUAAUUCAAGAAAUAAACUUAUUUAAAAUGGUCAUCAUUUAUGAAUUUCUCACUAUAUGCAGUUUACAGCGAGAAAUUACAUCAUACCUUACAGAGUAUCCCAACUUAUAUAAAGGACCGAUGACUUUUUUCUGUACUUAGCA